GAAUAGAAGGUGGGUUCAAACCGCCACCGUUUAGGUUAGCAGUCCAGUGCUUAACCACUAUACCACCAAAGCUCCUUAAUGAGGGCACAGCUCCACCUAGUUGCUCUGUCCAAAGGCCUUUUCUUGCUCUGGUAAAUAACUGACAAUGGAUUGCUAAUUGACAUGUAACUUGAGCUGGGGAGCUAGAGGCUGUCCCCAGGUCUGAAAGAAGAGAGCAAAGCAGAGCAGAAAGGAGCAUGGGCAUUAGAGUCAGACCUGGGUUGGAAUUCUGGUUCUGCUACUUCCUUUAUGUGUGACUGUAAGCAGUACACUGAGUCUCAGUUUUCUUAUCUGGGAAAUGGGAAUUAUAAUUGGUUAAUGGGGAUAAACAACCUGCUUCAUGAGGUUGUUGAGAAUCCAUGGGAGACCUUUGGAGUACAUCAUCUCUUAACAGAAUUCCUUUAUAGGCUUGCAGAAUGCAACCACAUGGCCCAGGGAGGCCUGCUGUUCUAGGAAAUUAAGCAAAGUAAAUUAGUAACUCUGGAUUUACUUAGCUAGUGAUUAAAUAACAGUUUAGUUAAUAGGCUAUUAAUGGUCCCCAGGUGUUGGUAAUUCUGAGCAUUUGCUUUUGAGAGCAGUUGUAUAAUUUCUUCUGGUAUUUUAAUAAAGCUUUUUUUUUUUUUUAACAGAAAAUACUGAAGUGUAAUAAAUGAUGCAUUCAGGGGUUGUUUUUGCAAGGACUAAAUGAUAUAGUGCAGAUUAAGCUCUUAAUAUAGUGCCUGGCCCACAGUAAGAGCUGAAUAAAAGUUAUCUGCUAUUGUUGUUAUUGCUGUAUUCCUUUGAGACCCAACUAGCCACACAUAGGGCAAGAUCCUCUUUGUUAAGAACCUCCCCAUGCGUCCACCACCACCUUGUGGCAGCUAGUGGUACUGCACACAUUGUGAGGAAGAAUUCUUAAAUUGCUUGGAAUUAAUUACCAUAUGUAAUUUUACUUCUACCUAGUAUCACAGAGGCUUUAUUCAGAGUAUAGAUUAUUUGCCUGAAAUCUAGAAUUCAUAUAUCGUUAAACAAUGAAGUGACAUUUUGCACCUCCACAGUUGGCAUAGAGUAAAAAAAUACGUCAACAGCCGAGAGUAAGUGAAGUGUAAAUGGGCAUGCUCAUAUGCUGUAGUAGGAAUGUGAGUUACUACACCAUUUCUGGAGAGCAGGCUGAUGAUGUAACAAAAGUGUUUUCACCUUUUGUGGCAACUGUUCCUCUUCUUGGAAUUUAUCUUGAUGAAAUAAUCAAAGAUAGAAAAAGAAAGGUUUAUUUAGAAAGAUGUAUAUGUAUUAUGGCAUUAUGUAUAAUAGGACAUAAUGGGAAACAACUCAUUUUUCAUUCAUGAGUCGUAUUUCUCAGUCCUUAUAGCAGUUACUCUUAAAAAGAAUGGAAGUAUGGGGAGAAGGUAGGCAUAGCGACGACAACUGGGACAGAGGAGUGGGGUCAGGGGAUCGGAUCAGAAUCUACUCUAGGGACUGUGUAGUUUAAGAAUAUUUAGUGUGCCUAUUGAUUUCAUAAUAAAAACUACAGAAAGUAAAGUUGGACACAGACAUCUUGGCAGAUAGAGAUAAUACAGAAGAGAUAGUAUCGUAGGGGACAUGGGUUAAUAACUUUCAGGUUGGGGAAUGUUGAUUCAUGGGGAAUAGGAGUGUUGAUGAAGGUGAAAAAUUCAUUUUAGAACUUUGGAGAAGAAGGGGCCUGGCUUAAGUGUCAUUGGAUGGACAUCACCAGCAUGAGGGUAGUUGAAGCACAGGCAUAGGAAUUUAGGGAUGCAGGGACAAGUCCCCAAAGAUAAAUUUCCUUUCUGCAUUUCUAAGUCUCUUGAUCUCUGAUACUUCAUGUCCCCAGUAUGAAUGGGAAGCAGGUACCUGAUAGGUGGAGAUGCUGAUCACACUAGUACUUCAUUCUAGCUUUAACUUUUGUGGUGAAGCGGUGGGUAGUGGGAAACACUAAUUAGGUUCCACUGCCCUUGCGUAAAACCUACACUCUCAUCACCUCCAGUCUCAGGCUAACAGUUACCUCUCCCCAGGCAUAGUAUGUGAAUACUAAAACAAAAACAAAAAACAACCACUUGCUGUGGAGUUGAUUUUGACUUAUGACAACCCCCUGUGUGCAGAGUAGCAGGGAGCUCCAUAGGGCUCAACCUCUAUGUGCCAGAUCCUUUCACCUCUGAAAUUAUAUGAUUUAUUUACAUAGAAUUUUUCACUUUUAAAAGUGCCCUUGAGACCUUAGGAAUCACAGACUCUAACCCCUCAUUUCAAAGAUGUAGAAACAGGUCCAGAAAGGAGCAUGACCUGUCCAAGGUUACAAAUACCGAUGGAAAUGCCAGAUCUUUUCUUGAUGAUACUAAAAUCUUGAUAUGUUUGCAUUACCUGUUAUAUUUAAUGACACAGUGACAUCUCUUGUCUUCACCUGAGACAAAACUUUGAGAAAGCUGUUUAGUUAAAAAGCUGCCUAACAUUAAGAAUUUGGGGAAUACUUAGUUCCCUAACAUUAAGCAGAAAUAAAUUAAGAGAUGAGAGUUCCACAUACAUGUUCAACUUUUUCUUUUUUGAGUUGUUAAUAUACUAGAUGCUAAUAUGGCCAAGACCUAGAACAAAGGACCUUCUUGAAAAUCUACUUUGAAGUAAAGCCCCAUAUUUGGGAAUAUUUUCCUGAGAAUAUCAUUAUUCAGCAUCAUUAGAAAAGAAGGUUAGCUAACAGCCAGGAGAAAUAUAGUGGAAAAUGCAAAACAACGAAAUUGUAAAACCUGCCAAAUACUUCUCAGAAUUGGAAAAGAGCAUCUUGCUGGCUUUAGUGGAAAAGUACAAAUAUGUGCUUGAAUGUAAAAAAAGUGAUGCGCGAACUAUUGCACUCAAGCAGCGUACCUGGCAAGCACUUGCCCACGAAUACAACUCUCAGCCAGGCGUAUCACUGCGGGAUUUCAAACAGCUGAAGAAGUGCUGGGAAAACAUCAAGGCUCGGACCAAAAAAAUAAUGGCCCAUGAAAGGAGAGAGAAAGUGAAGCGGAGUGUCAGCCCACUUCUGAGUACCCACGUCCUUGGGAAGGAGAAGAUUGCCAACAUGCUGCCCGAGCAGCUCUACUUCCUGCAGAGCCCUCCGGAAGAGGAGCCUGAAUACCACCCGGAUGCUGCAGCCCAAGAAUUAAAUGUGAGGGAGUCUGAUGUAAGAGUUUGUGAUGAAUCAUCAUGUAAAUAUGGAGGUGUCUGUAAAGAAGAUGGAGAUGGUUUGAAAUGUGCAUGCCAAUUUCAGUGCCAUACAAAUUACAUUCCCGUCUGUGGAUCAAAUGGGGACACUUAUCAAAAUGAAUGCUUUCUCAGAAGGGCUGCUUGUAAGCACCAGAGAGAGAUAACAGUAGUAGCAAGAGGACCGUGCUACUCUGAUAAUGGCUCUGGAUCUGGAGAAGGAGAAGAGGAAGCGUCUGGGACAGAAGUUCACAGAAAACACUCCAAGUGUGGACCUUGCAAAUAUAAAGCUGAGUGUGAUGAAGAUGCAGAAAAUGUUGGGUGUGUAUGUAAUAUAGAUUGCAGUGGAUACAGUUUUAAUCCCGUGUGUGCUUCAGAUGGGAGUUCCUAUAACAAUCCCUGUUUUGUUCGAGAAGCGUCAUGUAUAAAGCAAGAACAAAUUGAUAUAAGGCAUCUUGGCCAUUGCACAGACGCAGAUGACACUAGUUUGUUGGGAAAGAAAGAUGAUGGCCUACAAUAUCGACCAGAUGUGAAAGAUGCUAGUGAUCAAAGAGAAGAUGUUUAUAUUGGAAACCACAUGCCUUGCCCUGAAAAUCUCAACAGUUACUGCAUCCAUGGAAAAUGUGAAUUCAUCUAUUCUACUCAGAAGGCUUCUUGUAGAUGUGAAUCUGGUUACACUGGACAGCACUGUGAAAAGACAGACUUUAGUAUUCUCUAUGUAGUGCCAAGUAGGCAAAAGCUCACUCAUGUUCUUAUUGCAGCAAUUAUUGGAGCUGUACAGAUCGCCAUUAUAGUAGCAAUUGUCAUGUGUAUAACAAGAAAAUGCCCUAAAAACAACAGAGGACGUCGACAGAAGCAAAACCUAGGUCAUUUUCCUUCAGAUACGUCAUCCAGAAUGGUUUAAACUGAUAACUUUUAUACAUACACUGGCCAUGUGAUGUACAUUUAUUAUGUCUUUUUUUAAAGAAUGGAAAUAUUUAUUUCAGAGGCCUUAUUUUUGGACAUUUUUAGUGUAGUACUGUUGGCUCAUAUUUAGAAAUAUUCAGCUAAAACAGUUUUGGGCUGUUUAGUAGUCUUUGUUUUAUGUUUUUAAAUACAGAAAUUGGUUUCAUGUAUUUGUACCACAUGGUAAUUCUAAAACUUGUUCUUUACCCAUGGAAUGUAAUAUUUUUGCAAAGAUGGACCACUUCACAAAUGGUUAUAAAGUUAUACUCACUGCUUCCACAAUGACCACAGCAAUGACAAAGCAUGAACUAAAGGUAAAGUUGUUUACAGAUUACUUUUCUUACAAAAAAAAAAAUCUAGAAGACACUGUGUUUAAAUAGAUAUUUAAAUGUUUUUGAGAUUCAGUAACUGAUUUUUUUAGACACUGCCUAUUGCAUGAACUGUAAAGCUGUGUGUGUUAGAUGUAAAAUAUAAGAUGUAUGGGCUGGAAUUGUGAUUAUUCCUCUCUUUGAAAAAUAAUUCUAACAAUUUGAAAAGGUGUCUGGUAGUAAUGAUGGAACAGAUUGCUGGAAGUAGAUUUAGAUAUUGAGAAAUAGGCUGCUUAACAGAUUGGAAUAAAGCCUACUCUAUCAGUUAAACUACUUUAAUAUGCAUUCAUUUUUAAAGAAAAUAUUUGUUUUAACAUAAAUAAGCAAAUUGUAUCAGUGUUUGUGAAUAAAAUACAAAAAUGAUUGUUAAAGGUUGGUGCUCUUAAAGUGAGCUUAAAAAAUUAUCUAAGACCUCUAUCCAAAUUGUCCUGUAGUUAUAGCUGUAUUAAUAGAUUGUUGUUUAAAGAUCUGAAGUGUGAAUAGAAUGUAUUCAGCUGUUAAUCACGUAGUUUAGAUAUUCAGAAGUACGCAUGUAGAAUUUAAGAAUAUGUUCAAAAUUAAAUAUUUGAUUUGGAAAAGCAUGUUAUAAUAUAAUGUUUUCACUAUA